CGCCCGCGCCCGCCGGGGCCGGAGCCGGCCAGGCCCGGGCUCUCCCCCCACUCCCCGCCGCCCGCCCGCCACCCGCGCGCCAUGGACUCGGACGAGGGCUACAACUACGAGUUCGACGAGGACGAGGAGUGCAGCGAGGAGGACAGCGGCGCCGAGGAGGAGGAGGACGACGACGACGAGGAGCCCGACGACGAUAACCUGGACCUGGGCGAGGUGGAGCUGGUGGAGCCCGGGCUGGGCGUCGGGGGCGAGCGGGACGGGCUGCUGUGCGGGGAGACGGGCGGCGGGGGCGGCGGCAGCGCCCUGGGGCCCGGCGGGGGCGGCGGCGGGGGCGGCGGCGGGGGCGGCCCCGGGCACGAGCAGGAGGAGGACUACCGCUACGAGGUGCUCACGGCCGAGCAGAUCCUGCAGCACAUGGUGGAAUGUAUCCGGGAGGUCAACGAGGUCAUCCAGAAUCCAGCAACUAUCACAAGAAUACUCCUUAGCCAUUUCAAUUGGGAUAAAGAGAAGCUGAUGGAAAGGUACUUUGAUGGAAACCUGGAGAAGCUCUUUGCUGAGUGUCAUGUAAUUAAUCCAAGUAAAAAGUCUCGAACUCGCCAGAUGAACACACGGUCAUCAGCCCAGGACAUGCCUUGUCAGAUCUGCUACUUGAACUACCCUAACUCAUAUUUCACUGGCCUUGAAUGUGGACAUAAGUUCUGUAUGCAGUGCUGGAGUGAAUAUUUAACUACCAAAAUAAUGGAGGAAGGCAUGGGACAGACUAUCUCAUGUCCUGCUCAUGGUUGUGAUAUCUUAGUGGACGACAGCACAGUUAUGCGUCUGAUCACAGAUUCAAAAGUUAAAUUAAAGUACCAGCAUUUAAUAACUAAUAGUUUUGUAGAGUGCAAUCGACUGUUAAAGUGGUGUCCUGCCCCAGACUGUCACCAUGUUGUUAAAGUACAGUAUCCUGAUGCUAAACCUGUUCGCUGCAAAUGUGGGCGCCAGUUUUGCUUCAACUGUGGAGAAAAUUGGCACGAUCCUGUUAAAUGCAAGUGGUUAAAGAAGUGGAUUAAAAAGUGUGAUGAUGACAGUGAAACCUCCAAUUGGAUUGCAGCCAACACAAAGGAGUGCCCUAAAUGCCAUGUAACCAUUGAAAAGGAUGGAGGUUGCAAUCACAUGGUCUGUCGUAACCAGAAUUGUAAAGCAGAGUUUUGCUGGGUGUGUCUUGGUCCCUGGGAACCACAUGGAUCUGCCUGGUACAAUUGCAACCGUUACAAUGAGGAUGAUGCCAAGGCAGCAAGAGAUGCACAGGAGAGGUCCCGGGCAGCCCUACAGAGGUAUCUGUUCUACUGCAAUCGCUACAUGAACCACAUGCAGAGUCUUCGCUUCGAGCACAAACUCUAUGCUCAGGUGAAGCAGAAGAUGGAGGAGAUGCAGCAACACAACAUGUCCUGGAUUGAGGUGCAAUUUCUGAAGAAAGCAGUGGACGUGCUAUGCCAGUGUCGUGCCACUCUGAUGUACACUUAUGUCUUCGCCUUCUACCUCAAAAAGAAUAACCAGUCCAUCAUCUUUGAGAAUAACCAGGCAGAUCUGGAGAACGCCACAGAGGUGCUGUCAGGGUACCUGGAGCGAGAUAUAUCCCAAGAUUCAUUGCAGGACAUAAAGCAGAAAGUGCAAGACAAGUACAGAUACUGUGAGAGUCGACGAAGGGUUUUAUUACAGCAUGUGCAUGAAGGCUAUGAGAAAGACCUGUGGGAGUACAUCGAGGACUGAGAAAGGCCCUGCAUACGAUGAACUCUGAAAACUUUACCAUCUAGAGUGCUCAUGCAAUUAAAACAAAAAACACAAAAAAGGAGGCACUAAGCCUGUUCUGACACCGCUGGUCUGUAGUACCGGAAUUCUGUUUUGUUAACAGAAAGUUUAAGUAAAUUAUAUUGUAAUAAAAAAAGGUAGAUAAACCAUUGUACAACAGUAUUCUAGGCCGCCAACAAGUGUGACAGAUGCACUAAAAGCCCUCCAACUUUGACUUGUAACGUAGCUUCAUCCUCCCAGCCGGCUCCUCUCUCUUCUCUUUUCUUUUCCUUGUGUGUAGUACAGUUCACCCUAAAACACAGUUUCUUGACACUGCUUUUCAUGUCCAGACCAGCCACUUUGUUGUACUUUGGUGAGGGAUCUCUUCUCUCCACCCCCCCACCCCCACC